UGGCAGUGCUGGAAUGCGGCGGCGGCGCGGGCGGCGGCGGCGGCGGCGUCAGGCCUAGCAUCUGCAUGCAAAGUCGGGGAAAAUUUCGGCUUUCCGAGGAGCGGCUGCGCUUCUUCAGGCCCCGCAGCCAUGUCCACCUUCCGGCAGGAGAACGUGGAGGACUACUAUGAGAUGGGGGAGGAGCUGGGCAGUGGCCAGUUUGCCAUCGUGCGGAAAUGCCGGGAGAGGAGGACAGGACUGGAAUACGCAGCCAAAUUCAUCAAGAAGCGCAGGCUGUCAUCUAGCCGGCGGGGCGUGAGCCGGGAGGAGAUUGAGAGGGAGGUGGACAUCCUGCGGGAGAUCCAGCACCCCAACAUCAUCACGCUGCACGACAUCUUCGAGAACAAAACGGACGUGGUGCUGAUCCUGGAGCUGGUCUCCGGUGGCGAGCUCUUUGACUUUCUGGCUGAGAAGGAGUCCCUGACGGAGGAGGAGGCCACCCAGUUCCUCAAGCAGAUCCUGGAUGGUGUGCACUAUCUGCACUCCAAGCACAUCGCUCACUUUGACUUGAAGCCAGAGAACAUCAUGCUGCUGGACAAGAAUGUGCCAAACCCUCACAUCAAACUCAUCGACUUUGGCAUCGCCCACAAGAUCGAAGCUGGAAAUGAAUUCAAGAACAUAUUUGGGACCCCAGAGUUUGUAGCCCCGGAAAUAGUGAACUACGAACCACUGGGGCUGGAAGCCGACAUGUGGAGCAUUGGGGUCAUCACAUACAUCCUGUUGAGCGGAGCCUCCCCCUUCCUGGGGGAAACGAAGCAAGAGACCCUGACCAACAUAUCUGCUGUGAACUAUGACUUUGAUGAGGAAUAUUUCAGCAACACCAGUGAGCUGGCCAAGGACUUCAUCCGGCGCCUGCUCGUUAAGGAUCCCAAGAAGCGGAUGACGAUAGCUCAAAGCUUGGAGCAUCCUUGGAUUAAGGUGAUCAAGAGGAGGAAUGUCCGCAACGAAGACAAUGGCAAGAAGCCUGAGCGCCGCCGGCUGAAGACCACUCGCCUGAAGGAGUACACCAUCAAAUCCCACUCCAGCAUGCCACCGAACAACACCUACAUCAACUUUGAGCGCUUCUCCAAGGUCAUGGAGGAGGUGGCCGCUGCUGAGGAGAGUCUCCGAGAGCUGGAGAGGAACAAGAAAUCCUUCCGGGAGGACAUCGAGGCCCUGUUGUCCAUCUAUGAGGAAAAGGAGUCAUGGUACAAGGAGGAAAACGAAAGCAUCAGCCAGGACCUCCGGCAGAUCCGGCAGGAGCUGCAGAAGACAGAGGCCCUGAAGAAGCAAGCCCAGGAGGACACCAAGAGUGUGCUGCAGGUGGCCAAUGGCCUCAAGAGGCGCUACCGGAAACUGGAGAACCACUAUGAGGCGCUGGCCAAACAGGUGGCCUCAGAGAUGAAGUUUGUGCAGGAGCUGGUGUGGUCCAUUGAGCGGGAGAAGCUGCAGAGUGGCGAGGGCGAUGGCAGCAUCCGCUAGGUUGGGUUCCAGUGCUGACAGGGGCGGGAGGAAAGGGGGAGGCACGCGACCGUGACGCCCGUUGGAGAAGGGACGCCACGCCCUACGUGGCUCAGCUUUGCUUAUUUGUCCAGAGCAGCUUUAUUGACCUGAGUAGUAGUGGACUGCAGCAGCUUUUAGUGUAGCGAUGUGGCCGCCCAAGGACUGCGGUCCCGGCGUGCCAUCCCGGCAUCCCCUUGAGCCUGGCUGUCCUUGGGCCGUGGUAGUUGGUCUUCCUGAAUCCUUCGUUUGCGCUAACGCGGGAGGCAGAGCUGUAGAAGCCUCUGUGGCUCUGCCCCUUCCUCGUCUGAGGAGCCUUCAUUGAGAGCCUUCAGCAAAUUCCUUGAUGUUUCUGUUUCCAGGUUUUGGGCCUCCAGCCAUCAUCCCCCCUUCCCUGCUCCUAUAGUUGUCCAGACCCAGGGCUGUCUCUGCUCCGACUUGUAGCAGCAGUAGAGGACCUGAGCUGACAAACUGUCCGGGCUGGGGGCUUGUGGUCUGUUAUCUUUGUGCUUUUUUUUUUUUAUCUUCUUUUCUUGCCUCUGGAUGCUGCUCUCGCCACGCGGCAGCAGAUGGGGGACGCUCUGGGGGAUGCAGAGCUGGAGGUGCUCUCCCAGCGAUGCUGGGGAUGAUCUCAGCUCGUGCUUGCCUUUCUGUGGGCUGUCCAGGCAGCAACUGGGAUGUCCGGCCCCACGUCCACCCCGCGGGCAUCCUCUUGGCAUCUCCUUCCUCUCACAGGCUGUUCUGCAUCCGGGAGCCUCAUCUCCACCUGCUGCCCUGUGCUGCAGCAUUGCCCUGGCCGUUAGAGUCUCUAGCGAGGGAGAAAUCUCUUUGAAACCCUUGCGGUAGCUCAUCAUUUGCAAAAUCCGUCUGUUCGCCUUGCGGUGCUUGUGCUCCCUGCCCAGGGGGUUUCUAGCUCUGCCCCAGGUGCUCCGAGAAUUGUGCUUUGCCGGCAGUUUGGAGGGAUUUGGCCAAGCUGUGGCAGGUCGGGCCCUCCUCAUCCUGCUUUUGUGCCUUUUUCCCAGGAUUCCUUGGCCCCAGUGUGGCCAAACUGGCCCGUGCAAAGUCUCCAAGGUGCCAGAAGGGUCUUUUCCAAAUGCAGUUUGUGGCUCCAAGUGGCCUUCUGACAUUCCCGGUGGCUCUCCCUGCUUUCCGUCCACUGUGGCUCACUGCAGGGUGAUAAAUACCCUUUUCACUUGUUUCUACAUCGAUUCCUCCUCGGUGCAUCCUCUCCCUCCUUCCUUGGCUCCUGCCUGUCUGCUGGAGCGUGUGUACUUAGGGAGGCAACAUGCGUGGAGAAAAAAAAGUCAGAAAUAGAUUUUUGCAGGCUCUGUUGUUGCUCCUGGCUGAGGGAGAGGAACGCGGAGCAGCUUGCAGCUUGCUCAGCUUUUAAGGCAGGGCGCUGGGGGAGUUCGCGGCGCUGCGUCUCCUCCCCUGUGCUUCUCGACGUGACCAAAACCCAAUUCCCACGUGGACCAAGUGUGACCCAGACCCUGCUACCUUUCCUGGCAGCUCGGGAGCACCGGGAUCUACAGGGAGGCAGAAGAAACCGCCUGCCUGUCCCGCCAUUGCUCACUAUGGAACAAGCCCUCAGCGUGCGGAGAUGGGGACGGGGCUCAGGCAGGCUGCUUGUCGCUCCCUGAAGUGGCACGUGCCUUUUUCUUUCUUUUUUUUUUUUUCCUUUUUUCCUUCACCAAUGCCUGUUUUACCGCGCGCCCGUGUCCGACCUCCCUGACAGCACUGCAGGCUGGGCCGGGUCUGCGAGGAAACGCGUGAGCGUCGCUCUCCCCUCGCGCGUGGUCUCCGAUCCGCAGGUUUCUGAACUCUGGGCUGUCCUGGCUUUGCAAUCUGGCAAGCUGCUCAGCCGAGCUCUCUAAUUUUAACAAAAUAAAGGUUUCUGUAUUAAGGGACAA